CAGAAAAUGUAUUUUCCUCUGUUUUCAUCAUCCCACACUAACCAAACCAUGAACCCUAAUCAUCACAAGCCAAUGUUUCUUACAUUCCUCAUCACUCUUCUUCUCCUCCAACUUCUAAACCUUACCAAUGCAUCACUAUCCCCACCAAUAACAGCCCUAUACGCCUUCGGCGACUCCACGGUGGAUUCCGGUAACAACAAUUACAUUCCCACUCUUUUCCAAAGCAACCAUCCUCCCUACGGCAAAUCAUUUCCGGCCAAACUCUCCACCGGACGAUUCUCCGACGGAAAACUCGCCACCGACUUCAUAGUUUCCUCUCUAGGACUCAAACCCACUUUACCAGCUUACCUCAACCCUUUGGUCAAACCCGUUGACCUUUUGACCGGCGUUAGUUUUGCCUCGGCCGGAGGUGGUUUAGAUGAUCGGACGGCGAUGUUAUCGUUGACUUUGACCAUGGACAAGCAAUGGAGCUACUUCGAAGAGGCGGUGGGUAAGAUGAAGAGUUUGGUUGGAGAUUCGGAGACUAAUCAGGUGAUUAAGAAUGCUGUGUUCGUCAUUAGUGCAGGCACUAAUGAUAUGAUCUAUAACGUUUAUAAUCAUGUUCUUGGGAGUUUGAUCUCCGUUUCGGAUUAUCAAGAUUCUCUACUCAGCAAAGUCGAAGUUUUUGUCCAGAGACUAUACGACGCAGGAGCACGAAAAAUUACAGUAGCUGGACUACCACCAAUCGGAUGUCUUCCGGUGCAAGUAACACUUACUAGCAUCAAAACUUCUCGCAUCUUCCAUCAUCGUAUCUGUACGGAACAUCAGAACGAUGAUUCUCGGGUUUAUAAUCAAAAGCUACAGAAGCUAACCUUCAGUCUCAGUCAGAGGCUUCGAGGUUGCAAAGUUCUCUACCUCGAUAUCUACUCUCCGUUAAUAGACAUGAUCAAACAUCCUCGUAAAUACGGACUAGAGGAAACAUUGAGAGGAUGUUGCGGGACGGGGCUGCUUGAGGCAGGACCUCUAUGCCAGCCAUUGUCUCGGACUUGUGACGAUGUUUCCAAGUAUUUGUUCUUUGAUUCUGUGCAUCCUUCACAGAAGGCUUAUUCUGUCAUUGCUAGUUUCGCCUUACAAAAUUUGUUUCCUCUCCUCUAACAAUCUAUUUUUAUUUGCAAAGCUUUUUAAAAAUUGUUUUUAAACAAUGAAGUUCUAGAUCUUUG